UAACACAGCCAACACGAACAAUACGUUACGUUAGACCUGAGUUGCAAAAGGCAAAGACCUGCGCCUGGGGAUAGACGUUUGAUUUUUAAAUGCCACUAAAAUAGUCUAGUUAGAGCUAGAGAUGCAUGGUAAUUUUGCGGUUGACUGAACGGUGUGCGUUUUGAUCUUAUGAUUGUUAUUUUUUACUUUGCAAACGAGCUAGAAAACUAACCAACAAGAUGCUCGCCAGAAGUAGCGUUAGCGUUAGAACACAGGGCAACAAGUCAAAACAUGAGACGUAGAUAGCCUAGAUAGCCGUUGUUUAACUUGCUAGCUAAAUGUACUAUGUUUGUAGGUGUUGUAGCCUACGUGUUUCCGAUAUGUUGCUGCUCUUACUAAAGUAAACUAGCUAACGUUUCGUUUCUAAGAUGCCGUUGUUAGAUGUGCCACUUCGGUUUAUUACUUAUUUGUACAGCAUUGUCCCAUUGCCUUCUUCUAACCCUGUUAAAGGAGAGCAAGAUGAUUAUAUUUGUGCUUCCCGAAGUUUACUAGUUUGCAGUACGAUUUUUUUUUUUUUUUACUAAUAUCUUAGCACAGAAUAUCUUGAAUUUACACCGACAACUCUUUACAGUUUUUACCUCCUACUAUACAUUUAGCUUGCCAGUCAGGUCGUUUUUGCUUUCGCGAAGUGGGUUGGGCCUACCUACCAGGUUAACGGCUAACACACCCAGAAAACACUCCUGCAUUGGCCCAUCGCCUCUUCUUUGAUUUAAUCGUUAGACUGCCGCGUUGGUCGCACAUGACAAAAUAUUUCAGACACGCCUACGUUUGUUUUUCAUAAUGUAGCCUACUGAUAACUAUUUUGAGAUACAUUCGAUAAUCAGGAAAAAUAAACGUAAACAGAUUGUUACACACCCCUCAAAGAUCAUGCCCUGCACAUGAAUAUAGCCAAAGUGUUGUUACAGUGUUUUGGUGAUUACAAUGGCCAACGCUGGAGAAGUGGUCAGGGACGAAAUAGAUACAAUUGAGAUAAAAGAGGAAACUGUAGAAGAUAUUUCAGUGGAAAUCUUGGAGGAAUGCAUUCUGGAAGAGGAAGACAUCAGUGGCAAAUGUAGUGAGUUGGACCACACCAGGUUGGAGUGCUUGGUACCCAAGGAUAAUUCAGAGAACACAUGGCCUAUUGAUGUAAUACAAAAUCAUCCUGUAUGUCCAACAGACAGGGAUAAUCUCCGAAACCUUUCCUGUAGAAGAUAUUGCAGAGGCCAGCAAGCACUGGACAAACACUUGCUUGAGAAACACUGGUCUAGUUUUGUGAAGGAGGAAGGGGUGCAGCGUCAACUGCAGGUUAACAAGCACCAAGAGACAAGCCUGUCUAUUGUGAGCACCACUGUCCUUCCUGGGGCUCUGUGGACAGGGGAGCGUGUUCUGACUUUCCACCACUGCCCAGAAUGUCACCAGAGCUACCAGUGCCUCAACAGCCAGAAAACUGUGCACCUGACAAAAGCACAGUCUGGCAGGAAGGGGGACCUAGAAGGGGUUGCAGAAACAAUGUUUCACUGUAUGAAAUGUGGGAAAACAUUCCAACGUAAGGACAUACUGAAGGUACACCAGCUCACACAUGCAGAAGCUCAGCCUUAUUCCUGUGCAGACUGUGGUAAGACUUUUGCUCAAUUUGACUCUCUGAAACUGCACAGCACAAGCCACUUUGAGGAGACUCCUUACCAGAGUGGUGCCAGUGACAAGAGCUCCCUGGUGAAGAACGUGGUGAAGUGGACCAGUGAGCCAUGUGCUGUGAAGCAUUCUUACUCUUGUACUGACUGUGGUAUGGCGUUUCACCUGCUACGCAGCCUACGCGACCAUGAAAAGACUCACCAUGGGAGUACUCUGUACAUCUGCACCGACUGUGGAAAGAGCUUUCGUCAGUCACGCAACCUGCAGCGGCACCAGCGGACCCACACAGGAGAAAGGCCCUAUCACUGCAAAGAUUGCGACAAAGGCUUCAGUCAGAUGGGUUCCCUAAAGCUUCACUUGCGCAGCCACACCGGCGAGACCCCAUACCAGUGUUCCUUCUGUGACAAGAGUUUUAGCCAGCUGGAGAACUUGAAGAGACACCGUCGCACACAUACCGGAGAGACUCCAUACCCCUGCACAGAAUGCGGCAAGAGCUUCAGCCAGCUAGGCAACCUGAAGGCUCACAUUCGUAUCCACACAGGAGAGACUCCGUUCUCCUGCUCGGUGUGUGGGAAGGGUUUCAAGAACAAAGGAAACCUCAAGGCCCACUGCCGGAUCCACACGGGGGAGACUCCCUUCCAGUGCAAGGACUGUGGGAAGAACUUUGGCUGGUUGGCUGCCCUUAAGACUCACCAGCGCACUCACACAGGGGAGAGGCCAUACCACUGCGAACGAUGUGGCGAAAGUUUUGCAUACUCAUACAAACUUCGCACACAUGGCUGCCAGGGCUGAGGGAGAGACCUGGGUUUGUUGGUAAAUAUUUUACAGAGGAUAAUUCAAAAGAGACUUCACCACAGUGUGCUUCACCACACUCAAUUCAAUUUGUAUGUUGUUACCUGUGUUUAAUGUGGUAGUAAUCUAACCAAAUAUAAUGAUUCAUAUUGGUAAUAAAACAUACAUUUUUUAAAAUUC